GAUUUCAAGACUAGUCGUUGGUGGUGCUGGUUCCAAAGGUUUCGAAUCGAAAGUGCAUGACAACACCAGCUCUCAAAGUGAGAGCAUUUUCUCCGUAAUUUCGUGCGAAUAUCUCGUAAAUCCUUGUAGAUUACUAUGAUCCAAUGAGCAGCUUCUCGGACUUGCUGACAGCUCAUACCAAAGAAACCAUGUUUAGUGCAGCUUCAACCAGGCGGUUGACUGUAGUCAGUAGGAUUCUCAACACUCCAAAACCUUAUUUAAAGCGAACAUCUUCAGGGCUGGAGACUGUACGAUUGUCAUCAACCAAAACUCAAGUCACUAUAGGAGAUGUUUCAAAAGAUGUGUCAGAGCCUAAAUAUCCUGAAUACGUUCCCAUAAAAUAUUUGAAAGCCAAGCAGAGCCAACAAACACUUCGCCACUUAAGAUGGAUGCUACAGAAAGACUUGUUGGGCCAAGAUAUGUUUUUGAUGGGACGCCCUGGACCAGCUCGGCGAAGAUUAGCCAUGCAGUUUUUGCAAGUAACGGGGCGAGAACUGGAAUUCGUUGCCUUGUCUAGAGACACAACAGAGGCAGAUCUGAAGCAACGUCGUGAAAUCCAAGGAGGCAGUUCUAAAUACCUUGAUCAAAGUGCUGUGCGGGCUGCAGUGCAAGGGAGAGUACUAAUCCUUGAAGGAGUGGAAAAGGCUGAAAGGAAUGUUCUCCCUGUCCUGAACAACUUACUUGAAAACCGAGAAAUGCACUUGGAAGAUGGGCGUUUCCUUAUACCUGCUAAACGAUAUGACAAAUUAUUGCAGGAGCACAGUCAAGAAGAAUUGGACCGAUGGCAGCUGGUCCGAGUUAGUGAUGACUUUAGAGUUAUAGCACUGGGCCUCCCUGUCCCAAAAUACCAAGGCAAUCCUCUUGACCCUCCCCUCCGGUCUCGUUUCCAAGCUCGCUUCAUUGACACAGACUCCUACAAGGACCUGCAGGAGGAGCUGCUGCAGGACGUGCCCCAGGCGGACAAGGCGCAGGUCGGGCAGCUGCUGUCGUGCUGCUUCUCGCUGCUGUCCCCCGAGGCCGCCGCGCUCUCCAUCCCGGACUUCCCCAUCGCCUCCCUGCCCGCCCUCGUCAAGCUCAUGGGCGAGUUCCCCGAGCUGCCGCUCCACUCCCUGCUGUGCCGCGCCUACCCGUACCGCAGCUUGCUCGGCGAGGACGGCGUCCGCGCCGUGGAGGACCUGCUGGCCACGUUCAACGUGGCGGAGUCCGAGCGGCCCGGCAGGCUGCGGCUCGACGGCGUGGCGGCCCAGCCCCACGCGUCCACGGCGUCCGUCACCAUCUCGAGCGACGGCCGCAGCAACACAGUGGAGGUCCCCCGCGGCGCGGGCGAGGGAGGCAGCCCCGCUCCCCAGUUCGUAGACACGCCCCACCAGGAGUCGCUCCUGGCGCAGCUGAUGCAGAGCCACGCCGUGGCCGACCUGUGCGUGAUCGGGCCGCGCGGCUGCGGCAAGAGCGCCACAGUGCGCCAGCUGGCCUCCACGCUGGGCUACACCAUCGAGCCCAUCGUCCUCUUCCAGGACAUGACCUCCAGGGACCUGGUGCAGCAGCGCACCACGCUCCCCAACGGCGACACGGUGUGGUACGACUCGCCGCUCGUGACGGCGGCGCUCAGCGGCCACCUCGCCGUGCUGGACGGCCUGCAUCGGGUGCAUCCGGGGACGCUGGCCGUCAUUCAUCGGCUGUCGCAAGACAGAGAGUUGCAGCUGCACGAUGGCAGGCGUUUGCUUCGUGACGAUAGGUACUCAGAGCUGAAGACAAAACUGGGUUUGUCAGACGAGCAAUUGGCAGAGGCUGGAGUUCAGAGAAUCCAUCCUUCCUUCCGUAUGAUUGCUCUGGCAGAGCCGCCAUCAUCUGGCAAGGGGUCUUCUCAGUGGCUCACCCCAGAGCUUUUGAACCUAUUUCUUUUCCAUGAAAUGAGGCCGUUGAGCAGUCAGGAAGAGCUUUCAAUCAUCACAGAUCUGUACGGAAAGCCCUCUAAAGCUGUUGAAAGUGUAAUAGAUGUGGCUCACAAUCUGAGGGAGUCGGAAGACCCCACUUUACGUGCAGUUGCUUCAUCUUUGUCCACACGGCAGCUCCUCCGCAUAGCAAGAAGAAUGGCCUCUUUCCCCACAGAUGGUUCUUAUGAUGCUGUUCAUCGAGCAUCUCUUGCCAGGUUUCUUCCAAACAUUGCUCGACAGUCCUUAGAGAAGCUUCUAUCUUCUUUAAAUGUUCUGAAGCCAGAGGCUCUAGAGUCAGAAGAACAUAAUGAUAAGUGCAUUGUUGAAGGAGAUUCAUUAAAAAUAAGAAACACAACAGCUAAACGUUUUCCAGAUACAACUGCCAAAUCUAAAGUUCCUGACAUACUCUUCUAUGAUGUGCCUCAGCACCUAACUCUUCUUGAAGCACUUUUACAAGAUUUUGUUCUUGGUGAGCAUUUAUUACUGGUUGGAAAUCAAGGUGUAGGAAAGAACAAGCUUGCGGACAGAUUACUCCAGCUUCUCAACAGACCACGAGAGUACAUUCAAUUGCACAGGGACACAACUGUUCAAACACUCACACUUCAGCCAACAGUCAGAGAUGGAAUCGUAGUCUAUGAUGACUCCCCCUUGGUGACAGCUGUGAAGCUUGGCCAUGUUCUUGUUGUUGAUGAAGCUGACAAAGCCCCAACACAUGUCACCUGCAUUUUGAAGACAUUGGUCGAAUCAGGGGAGAUGAUACUUUCUGAUGGUAGAAGAAUAGUCUCAUCUAAUGAUAUUCGUGCAUCAAAUCCUUCACCAAAUAUUAUCCCGGUUCAUCCAGAUUUUCGAAUGAUUGUAUUAGCGAACAGGCCAGGCUUCCCAUUUUUGGGGAAUGAUUUCUUUGGUUCCUUAGGUGACUUGUUUAGCUGUCACGCUGUAGACAAUCCUAGUCCUGAGUCUGAGAGGUCUUUGCUAAAAAGUUAUGGACCAGAUGUACCAGAUGCUUUAUUGGAAAGACUAGUCAAAGCAUUUGGAGAACUGCGUAAUAUGGCAGAUCAGGGUUUAGUAAAUUAUCCAUAUUCAACUCGAGAGGUUGUAAACAUUGUUAAACAUUUGCAGAAAUUCCCUGAAGAAGGAUUGGCAAGUGUGGUGUCAAAUGUCUUUGACUUUGAUCAGCACAGCAAAGAAACCUUAGAGACUUUAGUCAGUGUACUCCACAAGCAUGGGAUUCCUGUGGGUGCAAAGCCAACAAAUGUAGCGUUAGCAACAGAGUUGCCUCUUCCCCCACUCAAACAAGUUGCACAGUGGCUAGUAGUUCAGACUGAGACCACAUCUCUUGGGGUUGAAGAAAGAUUCCUGAAGACGAAAAGAGCUCAACCAGUACAUCAUGAAACCUUUACAAUUGACCGAGUUGAGGCACGCUCUUCAUUCUUCAGUGAAAUGCAAAGCUAUUGGAACAUGCCUAUGAAUGAGAUGACGAUAGUCUCAGGACUAGCUGUCACCAAAGGACCCAACUUUGCAGAGGACCUUAUUCACGUUGCCACAAUUAAUCCUCAGAGUGUGGUUACCAUGUCGCCAUAUAAAGAGAAAGCAUUAUACAUGUCCCUUCAAGGGUGCCUUGGUUCAUCACGAUAUUCCCGGUCUCAAAUAUCCUUAGCUGCCUUAGGGGGAAGUAAAAAGGGUUCUCUCCUUGUUCAUGAAAGAUCUUCCAACAGUUUGGUUCUUCUUGACACUGAGAGGAAGGAAGUAAGAGAGCUUCCAGUUGCAUCAUUUUUAGAUCAGGCUACAGAAAAAAUAUUUGGCAAUUCAAGAAAUCAGCCUGUCUGGGAGAUGGUCCCAGUAACUGGCACUAAUAAUGUUAUAUUGUUUGAGAAAGGUGGCUCCAAAGUGGAGCUCAUAAACAUUGAUGACUUGACAGCAUAUUCUCUGACAGUUCCCUUCACUGUGUCAACCCUUCAUGCUGCUGGCAUUGACACAUGGCUUCUAAAUGAUUCUGAUAACAGGAAAUAUUCUUUGAAGAAGAGUAACAUCAACGACCCCUGCCCCAGUGUGCUAAGGAUGCUGUAUCAAGAGGGUGCUGACUCCAUUGCACCUCCAAUUGGUGCCAUAAUAAACUGUGAUACAACUGGAUUGGGUUCCAAAGCAUUGUCCGAGGCGCUUGGCCAAAAAAUUAGUUCUCCAAACCGAAUACUCUCCACUUCCGAAUCUCUAGCCACUGUUGUGGUAGGCUUUCCAGAUUUAGAUUUAAGUGCUACAGAUGUGUAUGCAUGGAAACGAGAGCAUGGAGUCUCCUCCAAAUCAUCUGCUGUGAUAUUGCCUGAUGUUGGACAGAUAAUCAGACCAGUGAGAGUUGCUGAAGUUCCUUCUGCAAUUGCAAAACAAAAUGAUGAAGGCUUAUCUGGUUAUUUGGAAGUUAUUGAUCUUCUAAACCACAAAAUGAGAUUUGUACCUGUACCUGAGCCCAAAGUAAGCUCUUCAGCAUCAGCAUUUGUCUAUGCCAGUUCUCAACAACCACUUUUUGUUGCUGAGCGAAGUAAUAGCGGACUUGUAACAGUGGAUAAUGGUGGCUGCAUACGCUUGUGGGAAACAGGCCUAGCUCAACUUGAGCGGAGUCUAGAUGAAUGGCAAAAGAUGGUUGGAACAGGGCGUGAUGAUCUGUCGUUGACUGUUGAUCGAGUCAGUGGGUUGGAUGUUUCUAGCCCUAAACAUGGAAAAGUGGAUCUCAAAAAUGAUCCGCAUGUGGGUGGAAAUACAUGGGCUGGAGGCACUGGGGGCAGAGACACAGCUGGCCUUGGUGGAAAGGGAGGGCCGUACCGACUUGAUGCAGGCCACAAAGUCCAUCAGCUCAGCGAUGAAGAGAAAAAUGCCAUUCCGGAGCAUGUGAAGAAGGCAGCGCGAGAGAUGGGUCAAAGAGCUUUCCAAGAAAGAUUAAAGGAGAUCCAAAUGAGCCAAUAUGAUGCUUCAUUGUAUGACCAAUUUUACAAGGGCGUCAGCAAACAGAUACAAUCCUUGAGAGUAAUUCUUGGUAGUCUUCAAGCUAAAUCCAAAGAGCGUCAGUGGCUGAGGCAUCAAACCAGUGGUGAACUUGAUGAUACAAAACUGAUUGAAGGGCUUACUGGAGAAAAGACUAUUUACCGACGUCGUGCAGAGGCAGAACCAGAAUUGGGGGCUCCCCAACUUAAACCAAAAAGACUGCGAGUGGUAGUCGAUGUCUCUGGGAGCAUGUAUCGAUUUAAUGGGUAUGAUGGCCGCCUCGAUCGAGAAAUGGAAGCUAUGGUCCUUGUUAUGGAAGCAUUUCAGGGCCAUGAAGACAAAAUUCUCUAUGAUAUCCAUGGCCACUCUGGAGAAGGCUUUGGAAUAGAGUUUGUAGAUGCUCACAAGCCCCCUAAAGACAAUAAAGAGCGUUUAAAUGUGAUAAAGACCAUGCAUGCUCAUGCUCAAUUUUGUAUAUCGGGUGACCAUACAUUGAGAGCAUCAAAAGCUGCCAUUAGCAGUCUAGCUCAAGAAGACUGUGAUGAGGCUAUUGUGGUUAUUCUUUCUGAUGCCAAUUUAGAGCGCUAUGGAAUUCCACCCAAGCGGUUUGCCAUGGCACUAACAGAAGAACCCAAAGUAAAUGCGUACGCCAUCUUUAUUGGCUCUCUAGGGGAUCAGGCAGCAAGAUUGGCCAAGCAAAUGCCAGCUGGAAGAGCAUUUGUUUGUAUGGAUUUGAAAAACAUACCUCAGAUUCUUCAACAGAUAUUCACAGCAUCUAUGUUGAACUCUGCUUAAAGUAUUAAUUUGGGUGUUUUUUGUAGUGAAAUAUUGUUCUUUGUUAGGAUUUGUAUAAUAAUUUUUAUUUGAUGGUACAUAAUUAUUUUUCUAUCUUAAGUGUAUACAUGCUGGCAUGAAUUUAUUUUUUUAAAGACUGUUGGUUACCAUAUCUAUCAUAACAUGUGUUCAAACUUUCAUUGGUGUAUUGAACUAUUUGUAAUAAAGUAAAUCAAUUUCAAAACUUGGUAGCUUUGUGUGAUUGUGACCCAUCAAGAUCAAUCUAGACUACAUAGGAACUUAUUUGGUGUUCUAGGGCGGGUGAUGUAUUACAAUUAUGUACAAACAUCCUGAGUCCUGAUCUUGCCUAAGAGUCCUCCACUCCAGGACUGUUACCAGGACAUAGUAGUGGCAAAGUAAAAAGGUGUUAAACAAAUCAAGGAAGAUAAAUAGUGGAAGGCUUUUAUAGUAUGACUUUGUACAGAAAAUUAUAAGACCUUACAUAAUUAAUAAAUACCAGCCGAGCAGAAAUAAAAUUUAGAUAUGAACACUGAGCUGACUCCAUACAUGUAGAUGUCAAAAGAUUCACAAUCGUCUUACCAACAAGACGGGCAGAUGAAACACAAACCAUAAGGGCACAGAAGAGCAAUUUAGCUCAACUGAUGCAUCAACAUAGGAUGGAAUGAUGAGAAAUAAACUGGCACAAAUUGAAAAUUCUGUCCUUUUACUUGUGCUUAAGUAGUUGCAGAU